AUGCCAAUAGAAAGUGGAAGUUGUGCAUCUGCUCGCCAAGCAAAGCAGAAACGUAAAUCACACAGUCUUUCAAUCCGAAGAACCAACAGUUCUGAGCAAGAACGGGCAGGACUGCAGAGAGACAUGUUGGAAGGGCAGGAUUCUAAACUACCAUCUUCUGUCCGGAAUACGCUCCUUGAACUUUUUGGUCAAAUAGAGCGGGAGUUUGAAAAUCUGUAUAUUGAAAAUUUGGAAUUACGUAGAGAGAUUGAUACACUUAAUGAGCGUUUAGCAGCUGAAGGACAGACAAUUGAUGGAGCUGAACUGAGCAAAGGACAACUGAAAACAAAAGCGAGUCAUAGUACCAGUCAACUUUCUCAGAAAUUAAAGACAACUUACAAGGCAUCUACUAGCAAGAUUGUAUCCAGUUUUAAAACCACAACAUCAAGGGCAAUCUGUCAACUGGUAAAGGAAUAUGUUGGCCACAGGGAUGGUAUUUGGGAUGUCAGUGUGGCGAAAACUCAACCCGUGGUGUUGGGAACUGCAUCUGCUGAUCACACUGCUUUGCUGUGGAGCAUAGAAACAGGGAAGUGCCUUGCCAAGUAUGUAGGGCAUGUUGGAUCAGUAAAUUCCAUAAAGUUCCAUCCAACUGAGCAAGUGGCUCUUACAGCAUCUGGAGACCAGACAGCUCACAUCUGGAGAUAUAUAGUACAGUUGCCGACACCUCAGCCAACUGCAGACUGCAAUCAAAUGUCUGGAGAAGAUGAAGUUGAGUUCUCAGAUAAAGAUGAACCUGAUGGCGAUGGAGAUGGUUCUAGUGACUGUCCCACUGUCAGAGCCCCAUUAACUUCCCUCAAAAGCCAUCAAGGAGUGGUCAUAGCAGCUGACUGGCUCGUUGGGGGGAAGCAAGCUGUGACAGCGUCGUGGGAUAGGACAGCAAAUCUGUAUGAUGUAGAGACUUCUGAACUCGUCCAUUCUCUUACAGGGCAUGACCAAGAGCUAACACAUUGUUGUACACAUCCCACCCAACGUCUUGUGGUGACAUCAUCUCGCGAUACAACCUUCCGUCUGUGGGAUUUCAGAGAUCCUUCUAUCCAUUCUGUGAAUGUCUUUCAGGGCCACACAGACACUGUGACAUCUGCAGUUUUCACUGUGGGAGACAAUGUUGUUUCUGGUAGUGAUGAUCGCACUGUAAAAGUUUGGGAUUUGAAAAACAUGAGGUCUCCUAUUGCAACCAUCCGUACAGAUUCUGCAGUCAACAGGAUUAACGUAUGUGUCGGCCAAAGAAUCAUUGCCCUUCCGCAUGACAACCGACAGGUUAGAUUAUUUGACAUGUCAGGAGUACGAUUAGCACGCCUCCCUCGCAGUAAUAGACAGGGCCACAGAAGGAUGGUGUGCUGCACAGCGUGGAGUGAGGACCAUCCAAUAUGUAACCUCUUCACAUGUGGAUUUGAUCGUCAGGCUAUUGGCUGGAAUAUCAACAUCCCUGCUUUGUUACAAGAAAAAUGAAAUGCUGGAAGAAUUUUUGCAUUUUAUGUUGCCAUGGACUUCGACACUUUUGCAGACUUUUCUGAAUACUGGUCUGCUAUCGCUGUAAAAGCUCUUCCUUAAGUGGAGACUUCAGCAAAUGUUGUUCUUGUUACCACAUUGUGCACAGUUUGCAUGAAUUGUACAGAAAAUGUGAUUUUUUUAAAAUUAGUUUGUCUUGUGUAUGAAAUUUUAUAUUUUGUCAUCCACUGGUCAAUAUGUUCACUGUUGCAUAGAGCACAUAAAUGUUCAUAAGUUAUUUAGCAUUUAUUAGAUACACAGUAGGGCAUUACACUUGUGACAUAAAUGUGAAACUUCUGUAAUUAAUGUAGAGAGUGUAUAGCAGUCUGUUACGUUUUUCCAU